AAUCUGACUUUUGUGCGUGCGACAGAAUCACAUAUGCAUACUGCUCGCUUGCCUUAUCAGGACUUUCUUGAAAGAGAGUCUAACUCAGUGACAGAGCCUCCGAAACGAUUGGCGCCCAUCAAGAGUCCAAUAUUGCCCAUCAACCAAGUUGUCGAGAUUCUUUUGAACUAUUAUAACAACGGUCUCGAUUGGAACGCCGCCUUUCUUAAAGUUCUACCACAUAAAUAUUUGUAA